AUGGGUGGAGAACCCGUCGCUGUCUCGGCUGUGCUACCGGAGGCUCUAGGGAAGUCGGAGGAGAGAGCACUCAUCUUGGGGUGGUAUGUGCAGACCUUUCAGAGUGUUGGUUCUGCUCCAAACCUCCAUAAUUAUAGGAUUGAGUUGAACACGGAUAUUGCAUUGGACCAGCGAAGGUACAAUGCCCCCACAGCUUCACAAGUCACUGCUAUCUGGAUGGAAGGGAAUGAUCCACAAAAAUGUUUCAAUAGAAGUGUUAUAGUGUAUGGAAAAGCCGACCGACCUCGGUAUAUCCGGGCAUACCAUGGGUGCUACGAUCCGUUGGCCUAUCCUUUGUUUUUCCCUGGUGGUGAAAUAGGAUGGCAACGUAAGAUGCUUUAUGAAGGUCCUAACCCAGUAGAUUGCCUAGACAAUUACGAUGACAAUGAUGAUGACAACCGUGACGAGGAAGAUGGUGGUAGUGAGUCCAACAAACAUUGGGUUGUUGACAUAUACAUAAAGAUAGAGUCUAUGAGGCUCGAUUGGUAUUCGAAACCAGAGAAUCAAGCUCUCAUACGUGCAGACUUACAGGGCAUUAUAGAUACAAUUGCUGCUGGUGAAGCUCGUGCUUCUGAGGUUGGUCUAAGAAUUGUGCUCCCACGGACUUUCCCUGGAGGAGAUCGAGACGUGCAAGCACGAUUCCUUGACGCAAAGGUUUUAGUGACCCGGUUUGGGAAGCCUGAUUACUUUGUCACAAUGACAUGUAAUCCAUAUUGGGAGGAGAUAACAAGGCAACUAUUUCCGGGACAGACACCACAAGAUAGACCAGAAUUGGUUGCGAGAGUUUACCGGACUAAGCUGCGUGAUAUACAAGAUUUUUUGAUCAAGAAGAGUCACUUGGGUGAGGUCGCAUCAUAUGCACAUGUUACGGAGUUUCAGAAGAGGGGUUUGCCACAUGAGCACUUCUUAUUGAUUAUGGCCCCUAACAGUAAGUUAAGUAGUCCUGAUGAUUACGACAAGGUGAUUUCAGCAGAGAUUCCUGACCCAAACAAGUACCCUGUAUUGCAUGCUCUGGUUAUCAAGCACAUGCUACAUGGACCAUGUGGUGCUCUCAACAAAAACUGCCCCUGCAUGAUAGACGGACAAUGCCGUUUCCGUUAUCCUCGACAGUUCUGUUCAGCCACACAGCAAGGAAAAGACUCUUAUCCUAUAUAUAGGAGAAGAGAAGAUGGACGUCGAGUGGUGAUCAGGGGUGCCGUAUUGGAUAAUAGAUGGGUGGUUCCGUACAACCCCACAUUGCUUAUGCGGUAUAACUACCAUAUUAAUGUCGAAGUUUGUUCAAGCAUUAAGGCAGUUAAGUACCUAUACAAAUAUGUCUAUAAAGGCCAUGAUCGUGCAUCCUUCUCAGUCGAUCCACAAGAUCAAAAUGGUGCAGUAAUCAACGAGAUCCGACAAUACAGGGACGCAAGGUUCAUAACUCCCCCCGAGGCCGUGUAUCGGAUAUUUAGUUUCCCUUUGUACGCCGUAUCUCCUUCUGUUUUACAACUCCAACUACACCUGCCAAACAUGCAACUUGUGUCAUACAAAGCUACUGAUAACCUGAAUGAUGUUGCCAACCGGGAGAAAUCUAAGAGGUCGAUGCUUACUGAGUAUUUCAAGAUGAAUCUAGUGGAUAGCACAGCACGUAAAUUGUUAUACAAAGAGUUCCCGGAGCACUUCCGAUAG